AUGGGUCGCUCUAGGGGAGGAUGCUCCAACUGCAAGCGGCGGAAACGGAAAUGCGACGAGACGCGUCCAGAUUGCCGAGCCUGUCAAAGGCGUGGCAUUCAGUGCGAGGGCUAUAGCACCACACUCAAGUGGACCAACGGAAUAGCCUCGCGGGGUCGGUUUGCUGGGGCCGCAAUCCCUGACCUUGCUGCUAACAAAGCGAGCGCCAACUCAGCCACUUCCGACAGCUAUCUACCGAAGGCUGAGGAUGCAUCACAGCGCACUGGGUCUCUCUCAGCAUCUCCCGGAGCCGAUUUGCUGACGCAGCCCGGGGUCGCUCAAAGUUCACACACUCCCGGGUCGCAAUCUGGUAUCUCAUCCCUGGCACAAUCACCGGGCGGCAUCAAUGACCCGAAACAGCUGCUCUUCCAAAAGUUCCUCAACGCGGGGAUGCAUCGACUCUACACCACCAAGAGUUCUGAUUGGAUGAAGUCUCAUUUCACCUCCAUGGCAGAGAAAAGCCAAGCAUUCACCAUCGUCUGCGGAGCCAUACAAGCAUACCUAGACGACGGGUUCUCAGUAUCAUCCAUGGAAUACGUCGAUCUUGCGCUCCAAACUUUCCGAUCGGAAUUAGAGAGCCGACAUAACUCCUUUGAUGGAUCCACCGUCUCUGCAGGCCUGCUUCUAUGCAGUUUAUGUUUGCUCCAAGCUCGUCCCUGGACAAUGUAUCUCCAACUCAUGGCCGACCUGUACCAUUUAGAGACUAAUCUGAGUCAUCUGAUACCUUCGGCUGAUCACGACUUCACCACCCGCCACUGUAUCGAAGUUUUGUCUAUCAUGGACAUGGAUGUCAUGGUGAUUGGGCGAAUAACACCGAGCAUGAGUGUUUGGCGUAAACUACGAAAAGUCCAAGACACUUGGGAAGGCGGUAGGCUCGGUGGCGUCGAGACCGUGUCAGGGCUGCCAAGAUCCCUCUUAGACAUACUCGCCGAUAUGAGAGAAAGCAGCGCGAAAGAUAUCGAAGCCCGGCUCUGGGCUUGGCCGGGAGAAAUCGGCGAACAUGCACAAUGCAUCCUUUGGGACUGCUGGCGGUAUACGGCUGUUCUGGAUGCAAGGCAAUCAGACCGAUUCAAAAGACAGAAGGCCCCAGCAAAUGAAGACGAUGGGCCGGGACUUGAUAAAGGAGAUCCUUCGCCAUUUCCGUCAAGAGAAGUCGUCAUGUGUCGUUUGGCGGCAUCAGUUUAUGCGCUCUAUAGGGCAGUUGAAAUGCCCGCAAACCACCAUCUCUUAGUUCACAACGGGCUUAUGUAUCCUUUGGUGAUAGGCAGUCUGGAAGUCCCUAUUCUGAAAGCUCACCCAGAGUGGAAGCAGGUUUUUGACGAUGUGCGGUCGUCGUUCCUUAGGAAGGACUCAUUUCGUCUUAUGAAUAUGGUUAACGAGGUCCUCAAUGAGGCAUGGAGGGAGGGGACGGAUACAUUCGAUAUAGUGGAAGCCGCCAGGGUUCGUGGUAUUGAGAUCCCAGUGUUUUAA